AUGGCCUUGAGCCUGGGCAGCCACGGGAGGGGGGACAGUCCCAAUUUCUCAGGAUCCGUCUGUGGGGACCUACCAGGGGAGCUGAGCGGGGCCUCGCGGCCAAACGCAGGGGCCCAGAAGCCAAAGAGCUGGUUGGCCGUGGGCCGGGGGCCGCCUGUGGCGGCUCUGCGCCACCCCUGCUCUGUCCCUGGGCCGGCCCGGGGAGAGGCGGCGGCUGCCCUGUGCGCCUCUGCCCAGCCCCCUGCCCCGAGUGGCAGGCAUCAGACCCCGCAGUCCGGGAAUCGCUCUGAACUGGGGGCCCCACCGGGCAGGGUGGCCCUCGCAGCCAUGUCUCGUCUGGAGAGCUGGGGGCCCGGAGCUGCAGGUGCUGAGGGCGCUGGCCGUGCUGUGGCUGGGCGCCCUGACUCUCACCUGCUUCCUGCGGCGAGCGCCCCUGCUCCCCCUGGGGGCCAGACGCGCCCUGACCUCAGCCCGCCGGGGAGCCCGGACGCCUGCAGGCUGGUGCUCGUGGAAAGCACCCCCCAGGGCCUGCCGCCCAUUGCCGGCCGCCCGGCCGCCCAGCCCCUGGCCCAGGCCUGGCUGCAGCUGCUGGACGCCGCCCAGGAGCACAUCCAUGUGGCCUCCUUCUACUGGUCCCUCACGGGGCGGGACGUCGGCGUCAACGACUCGUCCUCACAGCUGGGAGAGGGACUCCUGCAGAGGCUGGAGCAGCUGCUGGCCAGGAACGUGUCUCUGGCCGUGGUCACCAGCAAGCCUGCGCUGGUCAGGGACUCCACGGACCUGCAGGUGCUGGCAGCCCAAGGGGCCCAGGUGCGGCAGGUGCCCAUGAGGCAGCUCACAGGGGGCGUCCUGCACUCCAAGUUCUGGGUCGUGGAUGGCCGGCAUGUCUACGUGGGCAGCGCCAACAUGGACUGGCGGUCCCUGACACAGGUGAAGGAGCUGGGCGCCGUGCUGCACAACUGCAGCAGCCUGGCCCAGGACCUGGAGAAGACCUUCCAGACCUACUGGGCGCUGGGGGCGCCGCAGGCCCGGCUCCCCACACGCUGGCCUCAGAGCUUCUCCUCCCACAUCAACCGCUCCCACCCGCUCCGGGGCCGCUUCGACGGGGUGCCCACCACUGCCUACUUCUCGGCGUCGCCGCCCGCUCUCUGCCCCGGCGGCCGCACCCGCGACCUGGACGCUCUGCUGGCCGUGAUGGGGCGCGCCCGGGAGUUCCUCUACGCCUCGGUCAUGGAGUAUUUCCCCACCUCACAAUUCAGCCACCCCAGCAGGUACUGGCCGGUGCUGGACACCGCACUGCGGACAGCGGCCGUCAGCCGGGGCGUGCGCGUGCGUCUGCUGGUCAGCUGCUGGCUCCACACCGACCCCCGCAUGUUCCCUUUCCUGCGGUCCCUGCAGGCCCUCAGCAACCCGGCCGCCGGCGUCUCGGUGGACGUGAAAAUCUUCAUCGUGCCGGUGGGGAAUCACUCCAGCAUCCCGUUCAGCAGGGUGAACCACAGCAAGUUCCUGGUCACCGAGCAGACGGCCUACAUAGGCACCUCCAACUGGUCAGAAGAGUAUUUCAGCAGCACCGCGGGCGUGGGCCUGGUGGUCAGCCAGGAGGCCUCCCACACCCCGCCAGGGGUGGCCACCGUGCAGGAGCAGCUGCGCCAGCUCUUCGAGAGGGACUGGAGCUCCCCCUACGCCGUGGGCCUGGACAGCCAAGCCCGGGGCCAGGACUGUGUCUGGCACGCCUGA